GGGUGGGAGGUGGCUACCCUGGGGCUGGAGGACACGCUUAGAAUUAGAAAGGAAGCUGACCUGCCCAUGGGCGCCUGCGAGGGAACAGAUCCGCCCUCUGGCUGCUUAUUCUCUGAAAUGGCCCAGUUUAUCGAAUUUGCACGGUGGUGGGAGUGGACAGUUAUCUCCUGGUGUGCGUGAACAAAUAAACACGUGCCUCCUCGCCUGGAAGCUCAGCCAAUUACUAUCCUGAUAACGCUAGGUGGACCUAAUGCCCUCCAAGCUGUAGCCCCUGGCUUGUCUUGAACUCACAGUGUGAUCCAAGGGCCAUGCAGACCCCGAUGCCCAUUCCUAUGCCAGUGCCAGUGCUCCGCCUCCCUCGGGGCCCUGAUGGCUUUAGCCGAGGCUUUGUCCCUGAUGGACGCAGGACCCUCCUGAGGCCAAAAGUUCCAGAAGUCGGAGGAGAAGGUCGUAUUCAAGACCCCCCAGAAUUGCAGGAACAGCGGGCCAGAGCCGCUCUCCGAGAGCGCUACCUCCGCAGCCUCCUAGCCAUGGUGGGGCACCCUGUGAGCUUCACGCUGCAUGAAGGUGUGCAUGUGACCGCUCAGUUUGGAGCCACAGACUUGGAUGUAGCCAACUUCUACGUGUCCCAGCUGCAGACUCCCAUAGGCGUGCAGGCAGAAGCCUUGCUUCGAUGUAGUGACAUCAUUUCCUAUUCCUUCAAGCUGUAAAGAUGGGUGUCUCCCUGGUAGGCAUUGCCACAGUAUCCUCGGUCUCCAGCUGUUCUUGGGCCACAGAGCUCUCCGCACCUUCCCAGACUUCCACAUCCAGCUCCAAGGAACUCUAGCUUCACUCCAAACAGACACCUGGUGCAGCGUGCUGAUAAUCCCAGCUCUCAAGAGCCUGUGGUGGGAAGAUUGGAAAUUCAAGGCCAGUUCAUGCUACAUUGGGACUUGACUGUACAUUCUAGAUCUCAUUUAUUAAAAGUACCGGACUACCUCAGAACAUUGAACUUCACAGCAACAGGGCCCCGAGGCUAGUCCCUAAGGCCAGGGUGGGGUGGGAUGUGGGUGGGCACUGAAGAGCUCUGAAGCUGCUUCUCUAUCUCCCCUCCUGCCAAAGAAACCAUCAUCCAAUGAA